AGACUAUUAGAAGUGUCACAGCUGAAUACUCAACCAUAAAUAACUGAGAUUUGGACGUUACUUGGACUUACCCAAAAUUGCGGACUUCAUUUCUUGAGUUUACAGAAUUUAUCAGGUUGCAUUCACAAUGAACUUGGUGCUUCAAAAGGCUUUCCUUUGUUGUGUGCUUUCUACGCUUCUACCUAAAAUCACAAGUGCGGACCCUCUAAAUAGAGAUGAUUUAAAAAGGCUCAGUGAUUGGCUUCAGGGUGGGGUGUGGAGAGAUGUUCGCAGUGCGUCUCUGAUGCAUGAGGGUGACUCAACGUCUCCGCCUCUUGAAGAGAACAGUGAUACGGAGUCAUACGUACCACAGCAAAGGAGUUUAAGGGCAAAGAGAACAGAACCAGCCUACUCUGUAAAAAGAAUCGAAAAGGCGGGCUGUAACCUUGCCACCUGCUCCGUGCACGAGCUCGCCCACCUGUUGCACAUAAUGCGGACCAAGAUGAACAAUGCCCCCCCUGAGAAGAUCAGCUCUAAGGGCUACGGUCGUCGACGAAGGCGGUCGCUCCCACCAACCCUCCCAACUUUCGAUGAAGGCCGUCUAAAGUUGGCCUGGAUCCAAAAACUUAAAAGGCGAGGCACCUGAAAAGGGACUUAACAAAUGCACUUCUGUGGUUUGUCCAGAGCAUUUGGCUCAGUUUACACAGUGAAAUACUACUGAAACAUCUAUGCUGAACGUUAGUGUACUCUUCUCAGGCACAAAGGUGUUGAGACAACAACAAGUCCAAGCAACUGGAUCAUCCUUCUCUCCAUCAUGUGCCUGAUUGAUUGGCCAGAGAAGGAUUCAGGUCGCUUGGAGAGAAUGAGUGCUUGUGGGAUAAGGAGGACUCCCCGUCAAUUGGGGGAAAAUUUGAUGUUUUUUUUAAAAAAAGUCUUGUUUGGGUCUAAGGCAGUACGAGAGGACAUAGGUGGUCAAUGCUCUGUGUGUGUUUAGCAAUCUUGUCAUUCUUAUGGACCGUUUGGGACUUGACUUUCUGUCUCUUGUGCAGCACAGAUGUGUCAUCUGCUGGUGGAACGAGGGAACAACCAAGGACACGACCACUGCCUACUCUACCUGCCAAACGAUGACAGAGGAGGACACCGAGAAUAUAUCAAGAGGGAAAGAGGACUAAGACGGUUUAAAGCUAAUAAUCCUGGACCUCUUUUUGGAAAUAUUAAGUAUCGUUGUCCUCAAGAUGCAUUUUGGGAACGUGCAAACGAGGACAUCUACAUACUUGAAGACUUAUAGCUGUAUCUAUACCUUGGGAGAUGUGCAAUAAUUUAAAUUCACAUGAUUAUGUAGUCUAUUAUUAAUGUGUAUUUAUGUAUAUUAUGAAAAAAAACUGUAUACUACUAAAUAUGCAUAUAUUUAUACCUAUAUAAUGUACAUGUAUUCUUUAGAUGGAACUAUUGUAUACGUAAAAAGGGCAUUGUACAGUUUUAAGUUUAUUUUGAAACGUCUAAACAGUGACUUACAAUGCAAAUCAUUUUUCAGGAGUGAUUUAAUGAUGUUACAGCAGUUAAAUAAUAACCAGAGAGAGAGAGAGAGAGAGAGAGAGAGAGAGAGAGAGAGAGAGAG